AUGUUAUGGCGUUCGAUGAACACUCGAUCAGGUAUCGAUAUACAAAGUUUUGUUAAUCACGGUCAUGAUUCGAAAAAUGUGCCUGCAUUAGUCGACACUCUCGAACAAUAUUGUUCACCGACAACAGAACUGAAGCAUUCAAAUUUUUUUAUUAAAUGUUUACGUAUCGUAUCAUGCACAUCUGGUAAACGAAUGGGAAAUUAUCUCAUAUCAUUAAAUUUGUUUGUUAAAUCAUUGUAUUUAUUAAAUUCAUUCAUGCAAUUAUGUUUGUUAAAUCUAUUUCUUGGUCAAGAGUCAUGGUUGUUUGGAAUCGAUGUAUGGAAUACAAUACUGUCUGGAAAUGUACUCAAAGAUUCAUCAUAUUUUCCCAGAGUGACACUAUGUGAUUUGAGAGUGAGAGAAAUAGGAAUUGUACACAGAUAUACUGUACAAUGCGUUCUUCCCAUAAACAUGCUAAACGAAAAAGUAUUUAUGGUACUAUGGUUCUGGUUUAUCUACGUAUUUAUUCGAAAUGUUUUAUCAUUCAUUGUUACUAUUUAUGAAAUACUAUACGAAGGCGAUCGAGUAUCGUACAUUACGCAUUUAUAUAGAUUAUCAUCAACCCGCUCUGAAGAUGAUGAUUAUGUUCAACAAUAUACGCGUGGGUAUUUGAUGCAAGACGGUGUUUUAAUUAUACGUUUAUUAUCGCAAAAUGUUAAUGAUGUGGUUGCGAUACAUGUGGUGAACAAACUGAUAGAAAAUUAUACUAAAAGGCAACAGGAAAUUGAAGUGAAACAGAGAAUACGACAACAGCAACAAGAACAAAUGUUAAAUAACGAACCAUGUCAAUCAGAUGUUUAA